UGUGCAGGGGCCCGGUGGCUGACAGACAGGGCAGGAAGCAGUUGAUGGUGCUCUCUUGAUUUUUCUUCCCCCUUCUUUUUUGCCUUCUCUUUUGCACAUAGAGUCUCAUGUCUAAUAUCAUUUAGACAUGAUGAGCUGUGUGCAAGGAGUCCUUUUGCUCUUCCUUGCUGUGUGGCAAUCACCAGUUAUUUUGGCACAACAAGAUGUUGUCCUAGGAGCGUGUACCCACCUUGGCCAAGUGUAUGCUGACAGGGAUGUGUGGAAACCAGCGCCGUGCCAAAUCUGUGUCUGCGACCAGGGAGCUGUGCUUUGUGAUGACAUCAUCUGCGAUGACCAGGAAUUAGAGUGUGACAAUCCAGAGAUUCCAUUUGGAGAAUGUUGCCCAGUUUGUCCUCAGCCGACGUCUCCACCACCUUCUGGUCCAUCUGUAUCUGGUCCCCAAGGCCCCAGGGGAGAUCCUGGUCCACCUGGCACUCCUGGAAGAAAUGGCUCACCUGGUCCACCUGGCCAGCCAGGAACUCCUGGUACUCCUGGAAGCCCUGGAGUCUGCCAAAAUUGCCCCAGUUUUAAUGGAGGAACUAACUUUUCUCCUCAGUAUGAUGAUAUGAAGGCUGGUGGUGGAGGAAUGUACCCUGGCCCAAUUUCUGCACCUGGAGCUCCUGGCCCACCUGGCCUCCCUGGUCCUGUUGGUCAGCCAGGUCCACCUGGGGCCCAUGGAUACCAAGGCCCUCCUGGUGAACCUGGACAAGCUGGCACUCCGGGCCCCCCUGGUCCACCAGGAAUGAUUGGCCCACCUGGCCCAUCUGGAAAAGAUGGAGAAUCUGGAAGACCUGGUAGACCUGGUGAACGUGGAUUGCCUGGACCUCCUGGCCACAAAGGUCCCUCUGGCAUGCCUGGACUUCCUGGAAUGAAAGGUCAUAGAGGCUUCGAUGGAAGAGAUGGUGCAAAAGGUGAUACAGGUGCUCCAGGUCUAAAGGGUGAAAAUGGCCUUCCUGGAGAAAAUGGAUCUCCUGGACCAAUGGGUCCAAGAGGUCAGCCAGGUGAAAGAGGAAGAGCAGGACUUCCAGGAACUGCUGGUGCUCGUGGUAAUGAUGGAGCUCCUGGAUCAGCUGGCCAACCCGGUCCCCCAGGCCCUCCAGGCCCCUCAGGAUUUCCAGGUUCUCCUGGUUUUAAGGGCGAAACUGGUCCUGCUGGCCCUCCAGGCUCCAGUGGAUCUCCUGGGACAAGAGGAGAACCUGGUCCUCAAGGUGCCCCUGGUGGUCCUGGUCCCCCUGGCCCUGGAGGUCGAGAUGGAAGCCCUGGUGCAAAAGGUCUCCCAGGCGCGGCUGGCAUUUCUGGACCUCCUGGACUGAGUGGAGCUCGUGGUCCUCCUGGGCCCCCUGGUACUAAUGGGAUCCCUGGACAGAGAGGUCCAGCGGGUGAACCUGGUAAGAAUGGUGCAAAAGGAGAGACAGGACCAAGAGGCGAACGUGGUGAAAAUGGUAUUCCCGGUGCCUCUGGUCCCCCAGGAGAAGAAGGCAAGGCAGGAGCAGCUGGUCAGCCUGGUACAAAUGGUAUACCUGGAAGUCCUGGAGAGAGGGGUGCCCCAGGUUUCCGUGGUCCUGCUGGUAGUAACGGGCCUCCUGGUGAAAAGGGUGCACCUGGUGAACGAGGAGGCCCAGGAAGUCCCGGGCCAAGAGGUAUCCAGGGUGAAUCCGGGCGUGAUGGUAGCCCUGGUCUUCCAGGAAUGAGAGGAUUAACAGGAAGUCCAGGAGCCCCAGGAUCAGAUGGAAAACCAGGCCCAUCAGGUCCACCAGGAGAAUCUGGGCGAAGUGGUCCCCCAGGCCCAGCAGGUCCACGGGGUCAACCAGGAGUGAUGGGUUUUCCUGGUCCAAAGGGUAGUGAGGGUUCACCUGGUAAAAAUGGAGAAAGAGGUGGUGCUGGACCUCCUGGUGGACAGGGACCACCUGGAAAGGAUGGUGAAGCAGGAGCUCAAGGCCCCCCAGGACCUGGUGGUCCUCCUGGUGAAAGAGGAGAGCCUGGUGCAACUGGGCCACCUGGAUUCCAGGGACUGCCUGGAUCUUCAGGACCACCUGGAGAGAAUGGAAAGCCAGGAGAAGCAGGUCCAAGAGGUGAAAAUGGAGCUCCGGGACUUCCAGGGUCCAAGGGUGAAAAUGGCAUCCCAGGCGAACGAGGUGCACAGGGGCCCCCAGGUACCCCAGGAGCUAGAGGUGGAGCUGGCCCUGCUGGACCAGAAGGUGGAAAAGGACCUGCUGGCCCACCAGGUCCUCCAGGCAAUAUGGGAUCACCAGGUUUGCAAGGAAUGCCUGGAGAGAGAGGAGGCCCUGGAAACCCUGGACCCAAGGGGGAAAAGGGAGAACCUGGUAGCAGAGGUGGAGAUGGCUUACCUGGUAAAGAUGGAAUGCGAGGUCCUGUAGGAUCCAUUGGACCCCCUGGCCCAGCUGGCCAACCUGGUGACAAGGGAGAGCCUGGUACAGCUGGACCUCAUGGCCCAACAGGUCCCCGUGGUGGUCCCGGUGAUCGUGGUGAACAAGGGCCCCCUGGUCCUGCUGGCUUCCCUGGAGCACCUGGCCAAAAUGGAGAACCUGGAGGAAAAGGAGAGAAAGGCCCUGCUGGUGAAAGAGGAGAAUCUGGACCCGCAGGGCCAACUGGCCCACCAGGAGGCCCUGGUGCACCAGGUCCUGCUGGUCCACAAGGAGGAAAAGGAGAGCGUGGUUCUCCAGGUGCCCCAGGUCAGGCUGGCUUUCCUGGUGGCCGUGGCUUACCUGGUCCUCCUGGUAACAAUGGUAACCCCGGACAACCUGGCAAUGCAGGCCCUCCAGGCAAGGAUGGACCUCCUGGCCCAUCUGGUUCUACUGGACCCCCUGGUAGCCCAGGUGGUUUAGGUCCAAAAGGUGAACCUGGUACUCCAGGUGAAAAAGGUCCAUCAGGUGCAAGAGGGGAACCAGGGGCACCUGGUCCUUCAGGAAUUUUGGGCCCACCUGGACAGCGUGGUAUUGUAGGACUGCCCGGCAUGAGAGGUUUACCAGGCCCCUCUGGUCUCGCUGGUCCAAGGGGUGAAGAUGGCAAACCAGGAUCCAAUGGUAGCCCAGGUGAACGUGGACCUCCUGGCGCACAGGGCCCUCCUGGCAUUAGUGGAGCAGCUGGAGAACCAGGCAGAGAUGGUAACCCUGGAUCAGAUGGUUUGCCAGGUCGUGAUGGCUCUUCAGGACCAAAGGGUGAUCGUGGUGAAAAUGGUUCACCUGGUCUACCAGGUGCUCCAGGUCAUCUUGGCCCCCCAGGUAAUCCUGGUGCUGCUGGAAAACCAGGUGACAGAGGACAUCCAGGACCCGCUGGUCCAGUUGGUCCCUCAGGUCCUGCCGGUGUACGGGGUGCUCCUGGUCCUGCUGGUCCACGUGGUGAUAAAGGUGAAGCUGGUGAACGUGGUCUUAAUGGAAUAAAGGGUCAUCGAGGAUUCCCUGGUAACCCAGGUCCCCCUGGUCCAGCAGGUGCACUGGGUCCCCAAGGUCCAAAUGGAAGCCCAGGACCUUCAGGUGCUAGAGGUCCUCCUGGACCAAAUGGUCCACCUGGAAAAGAUGGUACAAGUGGUUACCCAGGUCCCAUUGGCCCACCAGGUCCUCGUGGAAGUCGAGGUGAAGCCGGAACUGCGGGUCCACCUGGUCACAGUGGGCCUCCAGGACCUCCUGGCCAACCUGGAGCUCCUGGUCCAUGUUGUGGUGAUGGUGCUGGUAUGCUGGGCCCAAGUGGUGAAAAAGGACCAAGCUACUACCGAGAUCAGCCAUCUGAGGACAGAAUUGCCAUGACUGAUGUUUUAACUUCACUAAAAUCCAUCAAUAGCCAGAUUGAAAACAUCAUCAGCCCAGAUGGCUCACGAAAGAACCCAGCCCGUAACUGCAGAGAUCUCAAGUUCUGUCAUCCUGACCUUAAAAGCGGAGAGUAUUGGAUUGAUCCUAACCAAGGUUGCAAAUUGGAUGCUAUCAAAGUAUUCUGUAAUAUGGAAACUGGAGAGACAUGUAUCAAUGCCAAUCCUGCAAGCGUUCCAAAGAAGAAGUGGUGGGAAAGCCCAGGACCUGAAAAGAAACACAUUUGGUUUGGAGAGUCUAUGAAUGGAGGCUUCCAGUUCAACUACGGAGACCCAGAUCUUCCAGAAGAAGUUGGAGAUGUUCAACUAGCAUUCCUUAGAAUUCUUUCUAGUCGAGCCUCACAGAAUAUCACCUAUCACUGCAAGAACAGUAUUGCUUACAUGGAUGAAGCCAGUGGAAAUGUAAAGAGAGCACUUAAGCUAAUGAGCUCUACUGACAGUGAAAUCAAGGCAGAAGGAAACAGCAAAUUCACAUACACUGUUCUGGAAGAUAGCUGCACUAAACAUACCGAUGAAUGGGGUAAAACAGUCUUCGAGUACAGAACACGCAAGACAAUGAGGUUGCCCAUAGUAGAUAUUGCACCCUUCGAUAUUGGCUCUCCCAAUCAGGAAUUUGGUGUGGACGUUGGCCCAGUUUGCUUCUUAUAAACAACGAAUAAUGCUCAUUCUGAACCCCAACAAACAAAUCCGCAUUCCAUCUUUGCUCUUGUUUUAACAUUGUCAACUAUUAGAGUCAAAUCAACUGUAUCCCAGCUAUUUAUUUGCCAAAAUUCUGGAGAAAGAAAAGGGGGGGAAAUCAAAAGGCAUAAAUUGACAGAAAGGGUUAGCAUUUUCUUAUUUUGCUCUUACACAAAACACAACAAAAAGUUUUUUGCUCUGUUUUCUUUCACCAAAAACCCCUCUUCAAACAAUAUCUCCAUGGUGCUACAUUACAACUUCAACACUCAGUACAUCAAAACUGUGUAAUUUUAGUUGAAUUCUUGCCCACCCAUCAAGCACUGACGGAUUCCAGCAUCCGAGUUUACCUUCCAUGAUUUGAUGCAGUUCAUAAAGCUAGAAAGAAUUCCCUGUUUCAACUACCUCAACAUGGACAGAAACUGGGAUGAGUUUGAUGAUUCACACCAAGAAAGCCAAAGCCACAUAUGUUGGAACCAAGUAAUCCAUCUGGUCAGAUUGUUUGUUUCUGUAUUCUGUGGUGACCAGAGUACAGUCCAUCAGAAGAAGUGGAUGCCCUAAUGUCAACAGACUGUGUUGUUGGACUGCAUUGCAUUUUUAAAGGGUGCUCCUAUACUUUCCUGUCAUUGCUGGUCAAGACCACUAAAAUUAGGGAAGUGUAAAAGAUUAAUGUGAUGGUGCUAGUUGUGUAUUUUUCACUUCUAAAUCUGCAAGGCAGAUUUAUUGACUUGCAUUAAAACAUCAAGGCUUGACAACCAUUGUAAAUGUCUCUCAUCGAAAGUCGUACUGUUGGUUGGCCGUUUCUGAAGACUUUUCUUCCUUCACUCUGUAAAAGUCAAUAAAGAUGCAGAAUCAUGAGCUUCUUUUGUCACAUUAACACAUUUAUAAGUGUUGGAGGUUAACCAUCUUUAUAAGCUUUUAUAUGGUCGUUGGUCUUUUUCCUUUACAGAGACACAUAAUAAAAUCUUGUAAUAAAA